AUAGCUCCUGAGCGGUGGCCCGUCAUACUCGGUGGGGAGAGGUUCACGCUGCUCCUCGCCUGCUUGGUGGCGGAUGCAGUCUGGCUCGGGGGUCCCGCAUCGAACAUGCCCCGCCAGCCCUGGCUACCAUUUCGGAGGGGAUGCCCCAGGCUGCGAUUCUGGGACUAGCCGGCUGCCGGCAGGGAGGCGGCUGCAGCUACGGAGCCAAGAGAUGAAGCAGAUCCCAGAGCCAACUCCGCAGCCGCAACUCCAGCUUUGUUCGUGGGUCCGGGAUGCAGCGGCCUCCAGUCACCCCAUGGACGCACCGGGUCCGCCUCGCCACCGCAGCGUGGCCCUGGCUUCCCGGAUCUGCGAGAUUCCCGCCAGGGCCGGGCCUGUCUGGCUGCGAGGAGGAAGGCGUGGCCCUGGUGGGGAAGGGGCAGGGCUGCGGCUCUGGCCACAGGGCAGGGGCAGAGAAACGACGCCAGUGUCAUCCGGGCGCCCAGCUCCCUUCCCGCCUCAGCCAGAAGACCCCGGAACCACUUGCGGCUGAGGGCCCACAGAGCCCUGGAAGUCGGGGGCGGGGGCGCCCUGGGAAGCGAGGCGGCCAGGCUCCACGCCGGCAGGACUCAGAUUUCAUCGCUGGUUUUGAAAUUGUGCUCGCGGAGCCCGGGACGCUGGGAGAAGCGUUCUGCGCCCCUCCGGUCGUGGUCUGCGCAUUAAACCGACUUCCAGUGCUGCCUCUGUUCCCUGCACUGGAGGGCACCGACGUCCCAUGAAGUCGCAGAUCCGCAGCCUCCCGCCCUCCUUGCUACGGAUGCCGGAGGGGACCCCGCCUCGCUGCGCUGCCCCCUGGAGGCUCAGGCGUCCGUUGCAGGCGGGAGCGGCGGCUGCGAGGCUUCCAGGAGCCCAGGCCUAGCCACUGAUGAAGAAGCACUGGUGGCUUCGAGGUCGCGGCUUCCAGAAAUCCGGUUAUAGAGCGGAGCUGGGGGUCAGGUUCCAAAGGGACAGUGCCCCGUCGUACUCACCACCCAACCCGCCGCUUCCGAAGCCACAAGCCUAGGGUGAAGCUGUUGGGUGGACUCAGCGGAUGAGGGGCAGCGAGGGAGUUUGGGACCACAGGAGUUCAAGACCAGGCUGGACAACAUGGCGAAACCUCAUCUCUACUAAAAAUACCCAAAAAAUUAGUUGGGCGUGGUGACGGACACCUGUAAUCCCAGCUACUGGGAAAGCUAAGGCACAAGAAUCAAGUUCAAGACCUGGGAGGCAGAGGUUGCAGUGAGCCAAGAUCACGCCAUGGCACUCCAGCCUGGGCAACAAGAGCAAAACUCUGUCUCAAAAAAAAAAAAAAAAAAAAAUUGUCAGCCCAGAGGCAGCUGCCAUUCAGAAGCAGGCUUAAGUCAAGUCCUCGAGACUAGAAAGCAUGAAGCAGGGGAGGCGUUUUGAACGCUUAUGAACAAAAGACCAUGGGCAUGGAUGGUUGAGUCCAGGGAUCAGCAUCUUAAUUUGUUGAGAAGGAGGCUGUGCUGAGCUGCCAGUUAUUAAUGGGUUUAAUUGGUUGAUACACAGUCCUACUAAUGGCGUAACCAGUAGCUCAGGGCCUGGGAGGAUCCGCAGGACAUGUCAGAAUUUGAUUGCAUUUCCUUCCACUUGGCAUAAGGAGACACCAUCAGCCGGAUUCGGUCACGGUGGGAUGGAGCCCACUGAGGUGGGAGCACUGAGCUGAUCACGCCACCAGUCAUAGAGUAGGGGCCUUUCCUGCCCCUUUAACCGCAGCUAACAUCAAAAGCACUGGCAUGGGAUGUCUAUCUGAGCUGAAACCCGUUUGUCUUUGUCUGCAAUUAAGAUUCUUCUGGGUUGAUUUUGCCAGUUCAUUAUCCAGCUCUCUGGAAUCAGGCCUCCCAAAUUUAUCAGGGCUGGGGAGGACCUGAGGGAAUGGCCUAUAAGGGCUGGCCAGUGAAACUGCUCUUUCCUUUCUGUUCUAAGGGUGUGAUGGUGUUUAAGGACUGUGGGGCUAUGGUCCAGGAGCACCUCACAUGUGCAAAGAUGGAGAAAGCACUCACCUACACAUUUAGGCUCAGAACAUUGAUUGAAACAUUUUAAAUAAUCAAAAAUAAAAUGUUAUUUUUAAAGUUU